UUGUCUCUCAUUUCUGAUCACCCUUAAUCUGUUUGGGUGUGUGUGGGUAGAAGAGUCUCAGACACAUGUUUUUAUUUGUAUUUUUGUAUUUGGUUGUAUGUUGAUUUUUUGAUGUUAAGAGGUAAUAGGUUUUGAGGAAGGGGAGGAUAGAGAGAUAGAGAGAGAGAGAGAGAGAGGCAUUUAGAGAAGAGUAAUGAGAGAAAUGAGUAGUAGUAGAGUUGCAAAAAUGGGAACAAUCACAGAAGCUUUAGAAUGCUCUCUCCAAAAAUGUUCCUUAACCCAUAAUCACCACCACCACCACCAUCAUCAUCAUCAAACUCAUCAACAACCUCUAAUUUCUUCUUCUUUUUCUUCUUCUUCUUCUUCUUCUUCUUCUUCUUCUAUUCAUCAGCAUCAUCAUCAAUCAACCUCUUUGGAUCUCAACUCUCAUCUCUCUUUGCCUUACCAUUGGGAGCAAUGCCUUGAUUUAAAGACAGGGGAGAUAUACUACAUAAAUUGGAGGAAUGGAAUGAAGGCAAAGGAAGAUCCAAGGUCUACAAUAAUAGAUGAAGAUUAUCAAGAUGAUGAAUAUAGUGAAGAUUAUUGUUAUUACUACUCAGACGACAACCAUGAGGAAGAGGAGGAGGAUGAUGAUAUUAGCUCUUACGACAGUGAAGAGUCGUCAACGGAAUCGACAAACAUGAUGAUGAUGAAGAAGAAGAAGAAGAAGAAGACGUUUGUGGUUGAAGAAGGAGAAGAAGAAAAAGAUGUAUUGGUGGUUGGAGGUUGCAAGAGAUGCCUAAUGUAUUUUAUGGUUCCAAAACAUCUUCAAGAUUGCCCUAAAUGCAACAAUGGUCAGCUUCUCCAUUUUGAUCGCUCUCAAAAUCACAUUAUUCCAUGAACUCUUAUCAUUAGACGACAAAUUAAUUAAUAUUUUCAAUUUCUCA